AGUCAACGAGAGUUACGUCCCUUGACUCAAUGUCGUCCAUCCACGAUGUUCUUCUGUUGUUGACAUGAAUCUUCUUUUCGAAGUUAUAACUUACAAAUGAAUAUAUUGAUAUUCCCAGUUUGGAAAAUUGCCAAACCUACAUACUUUUUCCCUUCGCCAUCAGUGUUAACAGCCUACCAUUCUCGUGCCAGCGCAAACAAAGUAAAACGACUCCUUCAGGAGAUGCCAAAAGCCCAGACGACGAAGGAGAAGCUUCGACAUGUGCGUUACAGGGAGCAGAUCGGAGGGAAAUUACCAAUUCCUGGCAAAAUAGAGUUGGAGGUUAUUGGUAGCGGUGGUUAUGGUACACCCCGCUCUGUAAUACUGUCAACGGAUCAUGUGCGAUAUUUAUUUAAUUGUGGUGAAGGAACUCAGAGGAUUGCAUCAGAACAUAAAUUUAAGUUAUCACGGUUAGAGAAUGUUUUCAUAACGCAUAAUAGCUGGAACAAUAUUGGAGGCCUUCUUGGUUUAGCCCUGACUCUUGAAGCAAUUAAUGUACCUAAGAUCACAGUUCAUGGGCCUCUUAAAGUGGAACAAUCAAUUCGAAUGGCCAAAAGUUUUGCAGAGAAUUCAAAUAUCUGUAUAGAAAAACGUGAAGCUGAUAUGGGCAUUUAUGAAGACACUGCUUUUAAGAUAGAAUAUGUUUCCCUUCUACCAAAUGCCAUUGCAACAGAAAGAGUUAAGAUGUGUAAACUAAAAGAAAAUUUGACUGAAAACAGUGACCCAGCACCUCCUAAGAAAAUGCGAUUUUCUGUUGAAGAAUUAGAUGCUGCCAUGGCCUUUAUUUGUACACCUCAUCCUGCUCGGCGUCGAUUGAAUCUUGAGAAGUGUGUAGAUCUUGGGGUUCCUGUAGGGCCACUUCUGGGAAUUUUAAAGAAUGAAACCUCUGUGACGCUAGAUAAUGGAACUGUGAUCCAUCCUGAUCAAGUACUUAGUGAAGUUGAGAAGCCAUAUCCUUUAUUGGUUCUUGAAUGCCCUAAUAUUGACUACUUGGAUGCUCUUUUAUCAAGUGAGUCCCUUGCUUCAUUGCAAGUUGAGAAUGAUGACCAGCACCUACCUGCUGAUGUUGUGGUGCAUAUGUCUAGUGUGGAAGUAAUUUCACAUCCCAAAUACCAAAAAUGGAUGAAAAGGUUUCCCAACAGCACAAGCCAUCUAAUUGUGAAUGAAAGCACCAGCUCUGUGGCUAACUUUGGUUCUUACAAAAUUCAGGCAAUGUUGAAUUUACUGAGUCCCAGUAUCUUUCCAUUGCUUUAUCACCAACGACCUGAGAACUCAAAGGCAAUAACAGUAAAUGACACUGCUUCAGAAGACAAUGUACAGCUGGCCAGUACUAAUCUGAAAUUUUUUGUACGACCACGGAAAGGGUUCAAUUAUGACCAAUGUUUAGAGUUGAAUAAUGGUGAGUUUAUAAGAGAGGCUUGGAAAAUGAAAGGCUUUGAAAAACAACUUCAAGAAUUCCAUGUAAGAGUUAAAGAACAUUCACAGAAUCUUGAGGAACCUAUGACAUCCAAAGGUCCUGAAAUUUUGUUCUUAGGAACUGGUUCUUCGGUUCCAAGUAAACGGAGAAAUGUUAGUGGUAUCCUGGUUCAGAUAGAGCCAGACAACUACGUAUUGUUAGACUGUGGAGAAGGAACUGCUGGUCAACUUUAUCGGCAUUAUGGUGAAGAAAAUUCUGCCCACAUCCUACGCAAUCUGAAAGCCAUUUUCAUUUCUCAUAUGCAUGCUGAUCACCACAUGGGCUUGUUUGGUAUUCUACGUGAUCGUCAAAAAUAUAUCAAAAAUUGUAAAGAAACUGUAAAUCCUGUUCUGCUGCUUUCACCUGUUCAGAUUAGACGUUGGUUAAAUUUCUACAUGUCAAACAUUGAGAACUUACAGCAGGCUGUAAAAUUAAUUCCUCUGCAGAGUAUAUUACCUCAUCAAUCAGAAGUGAAUAGAGAAAUGCUCACAGAAGUUCUAAAUGCCUUACAAUUGUCAAAGUUUGUCCCUGUUGAGGUUGACCACUGUAAAAAUGCAUUUGGAGUAGUUUUAGCUCAUACCUCUAACUGGUCAGUGGUCUAUUCUGGAGACACAAUGCCCUGUGAACGGCUCAUUAAUGCUGGUCAAAACUGUGAUCUACUUAUACAUGAAGCUACAAUGGAAGAUGACUUGGAAGAAGAAGCCAAGAUCAAAACCCACAGCACAACGUCACAAGCAAUUGAUGUUGGGAUGAAAAUGGGUGCAAAGUUUAUUCUGCUGAACCAUUUCAGCCAGAGAUACUCCAAGAUUCCAAUAAUUAGCGACAGGUUUUCAGAGAAAGUCGGGAUCUCAUUUGACAAUAUGAGAGUAUCACUGUCAGAUUUACCACUUUUGCCACACCUCAAUGUUCCCUUGAAAACAUUGUUUGCUGAAGAUUAUGCAGAAAUGGAAGAAAAAAUUAUGAAAAGGUUUUUGCGUAAAAACCAAGAUGAAAUGGAAGCCACCAGGACAAGAGACACAGAUUCGACAUCAUCCGUUCUCUGAUAUAUAACAUGCAUACUUGAGAAUGUAUGUGUGUGUGUACUUACAUAUAUAUAUACACACUCAGCGGUAUUUUAUUAAAACCUUUUAAAGUAAAUAAUCAUAUAUUUAUUCUUAGUUA